AUGGCGAGGUCGCUUGUAAACAAUGAAGUUUUAUAUUUUCUUGAAAAUAAUUGGUGUUUAAGUGAAAACGACUCGUUUGUAAAUAAUAUUGUUAAAUUUUACAGUUUUGAAGAUAUUGAUAAUGCUAUUAAAGCUCUGAAAAACGAAUUAUUUAGUUUGAAAAUAGAAAAAAUUGAGAAGUUUCAGCCUCGCGGGAAUAGGAAAAGAGAGAAAUUGUUUGAAUGUAUUUUCAUAAUGAAAUAUUUAAAAGAGAAUAAAUAUUGGGAAAAGUGUUCAAUAUUUGUGAGUUCUAACUUAAAUAAAGUUCCAAAGGUCGAAAGUUUGUUAACGAUAAACUUUCAAAUAAUUGAAGGUGAACUAAUUGAAAUGUUGCACAACCAACAGAUGCAGUUUAAUAAACUAGUCGAAGCUGUUUCAAUAAGAAAAAAUAAUGUUGUUGAAAUAAAUAAAUUUAUAGAAGCUACUGAAAAUAACAACAUUAAUACCGUUAAGUUGGAAAAACUUGUUGAUACUGUUGAAAAUAAAUUAGUAGUUGACGUUCAUAAUGCUGACAUGAAUAAAAAUUUAGAAAUUAAUGCCACUGAAGAACUAGUCAAUAAACCACUAUGGUUGGAUGCAUAUGACAGUCCAAUUGGCAAUGAUGUUCGGCCAUUCUUGCUUGUUAAUAAACGAAAGAAAUCUCAACAGCUCAGCAACAACACAAAAGCAGACAACAAACCAAAACUAUCAACCAACAAGGUAGCUGACUCUAAGACAGUUGAGAAAAAACCGGUUAGAAUUAUUGGACAAAAAAUUCUAGAUAACGGUAAAUUAAAGGCAGACAAGGAGUUAAUUAAAAAACCUGUUUUCUGUCUAAGCAACAUUAGCAAAUGCCACAGAAAUGAUGUCGAAGAAUAUCUGACUACUAACGGAAUUAGACUUUUAUCAUGCUAUCCAGUCGUUAAACAGUUUAAGAAAAAAUCGAUAGCAUCUGAAAAUAGUAUUGAUAACAACACAGUCAACUAUUCGGAUGAUAAAACUAAAGAUGAUAUAGAGUCCUCUAUGUUCAGAGUUUGCAUUGAUAGAAAUGACGUUAAAAAAAUAAAGGACCCAGCGAUAUUGCCGCAACACAUUAUAGUGCGCGAGUGGCAAUUUAAUAAAAAAGCUCAAGUUACUGUUGAAAAAACAAAGAAAGAUGGAUAA